CGCGUGCGUGUGUGUGUGUGGGUGUGUGUGUGUGUCCAAACACGAGCAACCAGAGGCCGCCGCCGAGCGGAUUACGAAAAUAAAAUCCCCCAUACGCCCCUAGCGAACCGACGCCUGUUGGUCCCCGCGAUUAACCGUCGUCCCGAUCGCGGCGGUCAAAAUUUCUGUUGUUUUAAAUCGCGUCGAUUGUCCACAACGAAUUACACCCGUUUCACACCCGCUCUGUACAGUAUAUAUAUAUUAUUAUUCGUCAAUUAACCGUUAAAAUAAUAUUACCUACACGUAUUAUAUUUAAUUGAUAUCGUUUUCGUUUCCGGAGUUCGGUUUUCGCGUUUCGGACGACCGACGAGUGGUGUUAAUUGAUUACGACUGUACGACGAUAAAACUAUGUAGUACUCAAGUCCGCACGGCCGUCGGCGCGAUCCGUUAAUAAAUCGUCGCGUUCGCCACCCUCACGUCGGGCCGCCAAUUUGUACGUCACCGUCGUCGUCGUCGUCGUCGUACGAGUAAUUAUUAUUAUUAUCAUCGUAAUUACAGUCGUACACCGCGGCCUGUGCAACGGCGCCCGGUGAACUUUUAACUCCGUCUUCGCCGCCGCCGCCGCCGCCGCCGAAUAUACUUGGAAUGCUAUAGCCGUCCGCGCACACGCCCGUCUCGGGCGGUUCUAUUAUUAAACGUGUCCGUCGUCUCCUCCGGCACGGUGGUGCGGUGCACCGCGUCGGGUUACGACCGCAAUAACCGUGAACCGCAGGUGGUAAGCGGGUGUCGUCGUGCGAAAAUAAUUCGCGUGUGCACGCGACAAUACACACGCAUAAAUACGCGCGUUUAUAUUAUAAUGUGAUUCGCGUCGACGACGAUAAUAUUGUAACAUAAUAAUAUUGUGCUACGACCGCAACAACAAUAUCUAAUAAUAAAUGGUCGCGGCGGGGAGGAGGAGACACUAUCUCGUCGGUACGUAUAUCAUCGUACGACCGGAAUACGACACGCUUUAUUCCGCGUACGCGAGUAGACCACACGUGGCCGGAUAGGUCGUGGCGGUGGAGGUGGCGGCGGCGGUGGUGCAGUCGGAGAAGGAGCGGGAGGAGGCGUAGGAUCAGGAGAAGUGAGAGCAGGAGAAGGAGUCGGCGGCGGCGGACGAGUGGUGUGGUAAUAUUAAUAAACGAUUCCCUACGCUACAACUAUAUAUACGCCGGUCGCGCGAUAUAUAGUCGGUGUAAUAGUAAUAAUAAUAUAAUAUUAUUAUAUCGGACGGGCGGCGGAGUGAUCGAACCUUCCAAGCUGGCCCAUCAGUUUUGGCUCGGUUGGGGUUCGGGCUCGGGCUCGUGCCGCGCGCAGACGGACGAGGAGAAGAAGGAGAAAAAGGAAAUGGCCGAGGCGGCGGCACGGCACGAGCUGUACACGCAACAGCAGUGGGCCCACCAGCGGGCCGAACGCGCCGAGCGAAACGCCGAGAGACUGGAGAGGGAGAUACAGGCGCAAGCCGCCUCGGCCGCCGCGUCAGAAUCGCUCGCCGAGCUGCACUACGUCGACAGCCUGUCCGGGUCCGUUCAAUCCAUAUGCAAGGCGCCGAUAGCCAGCCUAGACUGCAUGGCCGACCUGGGCAGUACCACGGAACAGCUGUGUGCCAAGCUGCAAGCGGCCGCGGUCAAGGAGUCGGUUGACCGGGUGUCGUCCGCGGCACAAUCGCCCAGCCUGACGUCCGGUCUCCGGUACCGGAACUUGGGUAAGAGUGGCCUGCGCGUAUCCAACAUCGGGCUGGCCACGUGGACCACGUACAACACGGCCAUUAAUGAGGAACAGCUAGACGCGGUGGUGACGGCCGCGUACAACGCCGGCAUCAACCUGUUUGACCUUACCGAGGGUCCGCAGAGCAGCGAACAGGCCGAGACCCAGCUGGGUGCCAUACUCAAGAGGAAAAACUGGAAACGAGUGUCGUACAGCGUCAUCACCAAAAUCCACUGGCACUACAAAUCCGAAGAACGAGGUUUGUCACGUAAACACAUUAUCGAAUCGGUUCGAUCGUCUGUCGCUAGACUCCAACUCGACUACAUAGACAUCGUUCUGAUUCAAAAGGCCGAUCCGAUGUGUCCACUCGAAGAAGUAGUUAGAGCUAUGGAUUUUCUCGUAUCAGAAGGACUUAUAAUGUAUUGGGGCACAGCUAAAUGGUCACCAAUCGAUGUCACAGAAAUGUAUACUGCUUGCAGACAAUUAAAUUGCUCCACACCUAUCCUAGAACAAUCGGAAUACCAUAUGCUGUGCAGGGAAAAAGUUGAGAUUUAUAUGCCUGAACUGUACAAUAAAAUCGGUGUAGGUUUAAUGGCUUGGUCACCAUUAGCCAUGGGAUUAUUGCCUUCUUUCAAAGAUUCGCUCAGAAGCCGAUCGUCCAAUAGGACAAAAGCUUCCAGUAUUAGUUGGAACCAAGAUGAUCGAAAACCUCCAAGUAAAGAGAACAAUGAACCAUUGACAGCAAGAAAUACUAAGGAAAUAUUGUUUUCAAUUUCAUUAAUAGCAGAACGUCUCGGCUGUAGCUUAGUUCAAUUGUGUAUAGCAUGGACAUUAAAAAACGAAAGUGUUCAGUGUCUCUUGCUAGGAGCAGCAACAACACACCAGUUUUAUCACGCUUUGCAUGGAUUACAGUUGUUGCCAAAACUCAACUCAAAUGUAAUGGCCGAAUUGGAGCGUAUAUUGGACAAUAAGCCAGUACGACCACCAAUGGUAUCAACUCUAGCAAUGAGAUGACAAACAGUGUGCCCCCCCGGUGUGUUGGGGGGCACAGGCAUGUCUGCUGACGGCAUGAAAGAAAACAAUGACGAGUAUGACAUGAAAGAACGAAAAGUGCCAUUUUGUGUGCUUCAAUGAAAAAAUAGUUCUUGUGGCGAAUAUUGUAAUCAUGUUAGAAUUAUAGUUUGAAGUUAAAUAUACGUCCAAUUUUAAUUGA